UCUAUCUCUCCUAUUCUCAAUUCUCACACUUGAACAGCAAACAAGAAUCACUUUUAACUUCACUUCACUUCAGUUUCCAUCUCUGAGAAGAUGGACAGUCAGGGAGGUCCUCUUUUUAGCUUGGCUUACUUCUGUCAAGGAAAGACAAUGGAGGAGCUUAGGUAUUCUCUUUUCUAUACUAGUUUGGAGCUGGAACAGACUAGGAUGGCAGCUCAGGAGGAGCUGGCAAAGAGAGAUGACCAAUUAAUCCAACUCAAAGAGUUGCUAAGCAAAGCAACGAAAGAGAGAGAUGAAGCUCAGGAGAAAUGCCGGAAACUUUUCCUUGAGAAGCUCCUGCUUCAGCAACAGCAACAACUUGCUCCUCUCUCCGGAGUUUCUGGCGUCGAAGAUGAACGUAAAAGAGGAAUUGACUCCAACAAUGGUUUCUCCUCAUCUGAUUGUGAGGGGAGCAUUGUUUCAUCUCCUGUUCUUGACCCAAUUCAACAACCUCAACUGCCACCAUCUCAAUCCUUAGAGCUAGUGCCUGAUAAGCCAUUGCCUGAAAAGGGAAAGCUUUUACAGGCAGUGAUGAAAGCUGGGCCGCUCUUGCAAACCCUUCUUUUAGCAGGACCACUGCCUCAAUGGAGACACCCACCACCACCACUCGAGUCCUUUGAGAUCCCACCCGUUACCAUUCCUUCGCCUCCUCCGCCAUCCCCACAACUCCUCUACCAAGACUCCCUCACCACCAUUAACCCCUGCAACACUCUAAACACCUGUGGUCAAGUAAUCAGGAAAAGGGGUCUUUAUGAUGCCUCUGAUUCUCUUACCGAAACCAAAUGCCGACGACUAGUUCUUAAUUGAUUGCCACUACAAACAAGACUAGUCUAAAAUACUAAUUCCAUAAAUUUUACCAUUUUAAAACUUAUUAUAGGUUAGUCAGGGU